AUGAGCCCCCUCCCCACGGGCAACGGCAGCGCCUGGGGGGGCUCCGGCAACUGCAGCGGGGCUGCGCUGGGCCGGCAGUGGGUGCUGGGCACCGCCAUCACCCUCACCGUGCUGGUCACCGUGGCCGGGAACCUGCUGGUGAUCGUGGCCAUCGCCAAAACGCCGCGGCUGCAGAGCAUGACCAACGUGUUCAUCACCUCGCUGGCGUGCGCCGACCUCAUCAUGGGCCUGCUGGUGGUGCCGCCGGGGGCCACCAUGCUGCUGAGCGGCCACUGGCCCUACGGCACCACGGUGUGCGAGCUGUGGACCUCGCUGGACGUGCUGUGUGUGACGGCCAGCAUCGAGACGCUGUGCGCCAUCGCCGUGGAUCGCUACCUGGCCAUCACCGCCCCGCUGCAGUACGAGGCGCUGGUGACCAAGGGCCGUGCCCGGGCCGUGGUGUGCUUGGUGUGGGCCAUCUCUGCCUUCAUCUCCUUCCUCCCCAUCAUGAACCACUGGUGGAGGGAUGGAGGGGACGAGCGGGCGGCGCGCUGCUACGAGGACCCGCGGUGCUGCGACUUUGUCACCAACGUCACCUACGCCAUCGUGUCGUCCACCAUCUCCUUCUACGUGCCGCUGCUCGUCAUGAUCUUCGUGUACGUGCGGGUUUUCGCCGUGGCCUCGCGGCACGUCCGGCUCAUCGGCAAGGACAAGGUGAGGUUCGUGCAGGAGCCGCCGAGCCCCACGGGCCGGAGCAGCCGGCGCAGGAGGCCCUCACGCCUGCUGGCCAUCAAGGAGCACAAGGCUCUCAAGACCUUGGGCAUCAUCAUGGGCGUCUUCACGCUCUGCUGGCUGCCCUUCUUCGUGGCCAACAUCAUCAAGGUCUUCUGCCGCUCGCUGGUGUCGGAUCAGCUCUUCCUCUUCCUCAACUGGCUGGGCUACAUCAACUCGGCCUUCAACCCCAUCAUCUACUGCCGCAGCCCCGACUUCAGGAGCGCCUUCCGCAAGCUGCUGUGCUGCCCCCGCCGUGCUGACCGCCGGCUCCACGCCGUCUCACAGGACCUGCAGCGCUACCCCUGUGCCUUCAGCCCUCGGGCGGGACCCGCAGGGGACAGCAAGGCGGCCCUCGGGGAGGAUGGCGAGGGCAGAACGGAGGAGGCUCCUCUGCCCCACCGGCAGCGCCCCCCGGGCGAGUCCCGGCUGCAGGGAGCGCAGAGCUCGCUGUGUUCCCAGCUGCAUGAGUUUGCUGGCGGAGAGACUCCCUCGGGUCCAUCCGAGUGA